AUGAAUAAUUCGCAAGUCUUAGAGUAUGUUAAUGGGAUAAAAGCCGAAAUAAACAGUGGUAAUACAAGCAGUGCACUAAAUAUGGCAUUGUCAACAGAAAGCCCUGAUUUUGGACACUUUUACUCUCUAGAAUGCGAUUUUUGUCAACAAAUUGUAAAACUUGCAUAUGAAUUCAAUAUUAUCGAACAAUUCUUGCGAUAUUCAAUGAAAUGUUUUUCAAAAAAUCUCGUCAAAUAUCUUCCGAAAUCGUAUUUUUCUGAAUGGAGAAAAUCUUUUUAUAAUUUAUUGGUAGAUCCAAAGCUAAACGAUUCAGAAUAUCCAUCAAUACCGGUCGUACCUAACUACGAGCCAUUUAUAAAUAUAAAAUACAAAUUUAACAAAGAAACAUUUUAUGCAGAUGAACCAAUCACCAUUUCUUUUAGUUUUGAUAGCUAUAUCUCAGAACCAAUGCAAGAGAUAUCGAUUAAAAUACUCCUUGCAUCAGAAAAUAAUCCAAAUGAAGAAAUUUUUGUUUUGGAAAACGUCGACUUUCAACCGUUAGGACGUCUAACGAAAACAAUUACAAUUGACCCUCAUCCUAGAGCAUCCAAACUCCAAAUUAAAGAAAUAUUCUUUAUUAUGGACAAAUUUAUUUUCAAAUAUCCACAAAAGAACAACCCUUCCGUCGAAAUAGAACCAUACGAAAGUUAUGUAGAUGUUCAGAUUGAUCAACCACCAAAAGGAAUUGUUGAUAUCCCAAUUCCAAUCAAAAUUAAAUAUAAAUCGGGAACCUCAUUCGAUUACAAUUUAAUUUUCGUGUGGUCAUUCAAAGAAAGUUCCAGGGAUUUCCAAAUUUCAUCAUCUCCGACCAUGAAAACCCAAGUUAAUCCUUCAAUUGAAAUUAAAGCUCCAAAUACAGAAUACGAGAAGAUAAUUUACAUCACAGCCAAGAACCAAAUCUCCACAAUCAUGGAAUUCGAUUUCAGAGUUUCAAAAAGUAAUAAUCCAACAAAAUUCAAGAAAUUUAUUGAUAUUUGUGCCCUUCUUCCAUUUAAGAAUUCCAUUAAGAUAUACAACAGUUUCCGAAAUAAAAUCGAUGGCAAUUUGACGACAAACGAAGAAUACAAAGUUUGGGCCAAAUUUAAGUACCUUCUUCCAUGGAAAUGCAGUAUCGAGUCUGUACUUAUUCAUCCAAUUAAAGAACAAGGCGAAUCAUUCCAAAUUGGCGAGUUUAAUUCUACAUUUCCGAUUUCGAUUGAACAAAAAGAGAAAUUUGCCGGAAACUUCUCCAUGAUAUUUGAUAAUCCAUUAGAAGAUAAAAUGAUUGGUUUUAUUGAUAUAAGUUACAAAAUUGAAAAUUUAGAUUUUCCAGAUCUUCUCCAUUUCUCGCUUAUGCUUCCAAAAGCUACUGUUGUAUCAAGGGAAAUCGAAGUCAAGACAGAUUUCCCAUUACAAACAAGCCAAUACAUUGAAACUGAAUUUUCAAUUGAAAUUACAAGCCAUGCAAAAACUCCGCUUGACCUUUUCAUGCUUGUUGGCGAAUCCAAGAAUUUCUUUAUCAAAGGACCAAAUCUCCUUCCAAUUUCGUUACUUCCUGGCGAAGAAGAGAUUAUUGAGUUUUCUUUUUAUGCGAUUAAUCACGGAUUGCUUUAUUUCCCUAAGAUAUUCAUUGCAGAAAAUAUCGGACAACGUUGCGUGUGGGAAAUAGAACCUUCCUUAUUUGUAAGUAAUUAA